AUGAAGCCCGAGUCGAAGCUGGUCGUUGUCGCGCUGGAAGGCUGUCACGGGUGCGGUAAGACCGCGCUAUGCGAGGAGUUUGAGGCGCAGGGCUAUGACAUCCUGGACGAGGCGUUCAUGGACAUGCCCGCGUACGCUCUGCACCCGCAGUCGCUUCUCAUGGAGACGUCGUGGGUCUGUUCCUGGUUCGAGCGCGUGUUGCGACUCGCGGACCGCGUCAAGCCUGGUCGCAAGCAGGUUUUCAUCGCCGAUCGCUCGCCCUUCAGCGCUGUGCUCUACUCUGCCAACGGCCACCUACUGGAGCCCGUUAUCCGCGAGCAGAUGCGGGAGGUGCAGGACUUUGCCGGUGUGCAGUUCUACACAGUGCACGUGCAGGUAGAACGCGAGCUACUGUGGCGUCGCAUCUGCGCGCGACUGGAACUGGAGCCCGAGCGAUUACGGCUCAACGAGCACAAGCGCGAGUGGAUGGAGUAUUCCUUUCUACCCAGACUACUGUGGCGUCGCAUCUGCGCGCGACUGGAACUGGAGCCCGAGCGAUUACGGCUCAACGAGCACAAGCGCGAGUGGAUGGAGGAGACGCUCGCGUUCUACGAGUCAUUCGACUGGGACUUGACAGUGACAAACGACGAACGCAGCGUGGCAACAAUCGCCAAGAACAUCAGUCGACUGCUGAGGGAGCGGGACGACACUUUUGAGGCCGUGUACAAGUGCACGAAGCCUCGUGUGGCAUCCCCACACUCCUCCUCUAACAGCAGCACUCUCAGUACGGACAGCGAGUGCGAAAGCGCCGAAGAGGAGCACAACAUGCACGUGGACUCGGACUGGAGUGCCAAGGACACAGACACGCAGAUGAAAAGCAUCAUCUCGUUCAACAACACGCCAUCGAUGCAGGACUAUUAA